AUGCCAACAGAAAAGGAGAAUGGCGAGCAGCAGGAUCGUAAUGAAGAGAGCUCAUCCACCCUUGGAAAGCGCUCUGAAGAUGAUAUUGGUCCCAUGCCAGUAUCAGCUGCCGACGAGGUACAGAGCAAGAAGCGUAGGAAGCCCUUGCCUCAUGAGCAGCUGUACAUCUCUCGAUUGCCUUCUGCAGAAAUGUACGAGAAGAGUUAUAUGCAUAGGGACGCGGUCAACUUUGUGGCGGUGACCAAGACCGACUUCAUCAUCACCACUUCUGUAGAUGGAUUUCUCAAAUUCUGGAAAAAGACUGAAUAUGGAAUUGAGUUUGUUAAGCAGUACAGAUCGCAUCUCGCUAUAAUUUCAGGAAUCAGUGUGUCUGAUGAUGGUUUGCUCCUAGCUACUAUUUCCCUGGAUAAAACCCUCAAAGUUUAUGAUGUUAUUAAUUUUGACAUGAUUAAUGUGAUCAAGCUGGAUUUUGUUCCUAGUACAGUAUGUUGGAUCCAUAGAAGAGGCGAAGCACAAGCCAAAGCAGCAAUAGCGGAUGCAGAUUCUUCUACCAUUCAUGUAUUUGAUGGUCGUGGCGAUGGCAAAUCCUUAUUCUCAAUCACUAAGCUUCAUAAUGGACCUGUGACUGCGAUGGUGUUCAAUGAUAAAUAUAAUUGUGUGGUUUCUGCAGACGAUACAGGAGCUUUAGAGUACUGGAAUCCGGAUGAAGAACAUGAUUUGCCCAAGACAGUGGCAUUUGAAUACAAGAGUGAAACAGAUCUGUAUGAGUUCAAGAAGUGUAAAUCGACUGCGACCUCGAUUACAUUCUCAUAUGACUUUGAAAAGUUUGUAACCAUGAGUACUAAGGAUCGCCAGGUCCGUGUCUGGAAGACAAGGACAGGAAAAAUGAUCCGCAAAUAUGACGAAAGUCUCGAUGUCAUUAAUGAAAUGCAAUCGACUGGACAAAAGAUGUACAAGUUGGAUGAUAUGGAGUUUGGUCGUCGCUUGGCAGGUGAACGUGUGAUCACAAAGUCAACACAACAAGGCUGUUUAAAUGCAGUAUUUGAUGAGAGUGGACACUUUUUGAUCUACCCAACCAUCUUUGGUAUCAAGAUUGUCAACAUGCACUCUAACAAAGUCGUUCGUCUAAUUGGGAAGUCUGAGCCUCAGCGCUUCAUGAACGUGGCAUUGUACCAAGGAGCACCCAAAAAGAAGAAGAAUAUGACCAUGGCAAUGGUAGCGUCUGAAAACUCUGUACUCAAGGAAUCAGAGAUGCGAGAUCCGACAUUAUUCUGUACAGCCCAUACCCGCAGCCGUUUCUACAUGUUUACAGAACGUGAGCCUGAUCAAGGGCCAUCUCAUAAGGCAGACCGUGAUGUCUUUAACGAGAAACCCUCACGAGAAGAGCAGGCGGUUGCAACAGCCCAGCAUACCAAAAACAAAUUGGGAACAACAGCUAUUUUGCGUACCACCAUGGGCGACAUUCAGAUCAAGUUAUUUCCUGAGUUGGUGCCCAAGACUGUGGAAAACUUUGUGACCCAUUCCAGGAAUGGAUAUUAUGAUAAUGUUAUUUUCCACCGAGUGAUUAAAUCCUUCAUGUUACAAACGGGCGAUCCAUUGGGGGAUGGUACAGGAGGCACUUCGAUCUGGGGCAAAGAAUUUGAGGAUGAAUUUCAUCAUGAUUUGAAACAUGAUCGACCCUAUACAGUCUCAAUGGCGAAUGCAGGACCAGGGACGAAUGGGUCUCAAUUCUUUAUCACGACAGUUCCAACACCCUGGCUUGACAAUAAGCAUACAGUCUUUGGAAGGGCUGUAACAGGGAUGGAUGUGAUCCAUAAUAUCGAGAAUUUGAAGACAGAUAAGAGCGACAAGCCCUUUGAGGAAGUCAAGAUCAUGAACAUUGAGAUUCGAUAA